AUGACCAUAUCUUCCUCUAGCCCAAGGCAGCUUUCAAAACGUGCCGAAUGUGAGACAACUACAGUAGCCCACAAGGAGGGCUGUGCGGAAUUAGCCGUGAAGUGUGGUAUCAGCGGUGACGACUUCAUGAAGUGGAAUCCUCGCCCAAAUUUAUGCUCCACCCUUGUGCCGGAGCAACAGGUGUGCUGCUCGACUGGAGAACUGCCAAGUCGACGGCAGUACAAGGGCAGCGACGGCUCUUGUGCUGUCUAUGUCACUGGUGCGGAGGAUACUUGCGCCAUCGUCGCCGUCAAACAUGACCUCACGGUAGAGGAAUUGAUGGAGUUUAACAAGAAUACGUGGGCUUGGAACGGAUGCGACCUUAUCUGGCCGGGAGUGAAGAUUUGCGUCAGUGAUGGUGACCGCCCAUUCCCAUUAUCGACUCCGAAUGCUAUCUGUGGUCCUCAAUGUGGGACUACGAGCGACUUCUGCGUUGAAGCCACGGGUAGUACUCCUGAGGAGCGCGCGAAAGUUGAAAACCGCUGCAUCUCGAAUUGUGGAAAUAAUAUCAUUAUGGGCGAGGUGCCAUUGAGCUUCAUGAAGCUCGGCUAUUUCGAAGCAUUCAAUCUUGGACGGGAAUGCUUGAACAUGGAUGCUACCCAGAUUCCGAGCGAUUACACCCAUGUCCACUUCGCCUUCGUCGACCUUACCGCAGAUUACCAAGGCCCCGACCUUCCCGAGGAUGACCCAGGUCAUGCUUCUGAAGGCACCAACUAUCUAGAGUUCUUGAAAAUUCUUCGAAAGAAACUCCCCGGCAAGUCACUCUCUAUUGCAGCACCGGCAUCUUACUGGUAUCUAAAGCAAUUUCCUAUGGAAGAAAUCGGUAAAGUGAGCAUGAUUACUAAAUCCGGGGUCCCGUCAAAUAAGAUAAUUGUUGGCGUCAGUAGCUACGGCCGCAGUUUCCGUAUGACAACUCCAGGCUGUACUGGAGUGGACUGUACCUACUCGGGCUCCCGUACAGUCUCAGGUGCCCGGCCUGGGCGAUGCACUGGCACCGGCGGUUAUCUUGCAGAUGCCGAGAUCAAAGAGAUCAUUGAAAACGGCGCCAAUAUCAACACCUGGGUGGAUGAGGAUAGUGACAGCAAUAUCCUAGUCUAUGACGAUGUUGAAUGGGUCGCAUGGAUGGAUGAAGCCACCAAAAGAGACGCGAAGAGCUAUAUCGAUCCUAGUACCCAUUUUGGGGGCAUCUGUGACUGGGCCAUUGACCUCCAAGACUUUCGGGAUCCUCCAAACUACAUAGGCGACGAUGCGGCAGUGGUCGGCGGCUGGGAGGAUCUCAGCUGGAAUAAUGUUAAAUUAAACCUCAGAGAGACCGGAAAGCCGACAUGCAUGAUGGAGAGGCGAACCGGAUCUUGGAUCUCCAUCUCGUGCGCAAAGGACGAAAUAGCUUCCGUCGGCCAAUUCACGCCGUUGCAACGCUGGGAAGCCGCGGAGGCUUCUAACGCCUGGGAGGAUGCAAUAUUCCGGUGGAGGAACUGCGACCAACCGUCAGGAAAUGUGACAUUUACCGUAUCAAACAACUGUGACGCGGCCACCUGCAUGGAGCAUAAUGUCGACGGCAUCGAUCUGCCAAAGAACUGGUCCGGUGCGGCGAGCUACCUUGUUUGGAAUGCUCUCGUUAAAGUCCAUCAGAUGAUGAAAUCAGCUUAUGAUGCCUAUGAUCAGGUUGCCAAUGAUGUAGACGCGAGGUCUAUUGAUUUCAUGCGAGUGUUCUCGCCAGAUCAAGACGAACUUUCGGGGUCUAUAGGCUUCCUUAUCGAUUUACUUGCGAUUCCAGUGGCAGUAUUCGGGGCAUUGGUAUCCGAUGAUGUGUUGACUGAUGUCGCUAAGGACAUGACGAAUGCAGGCCGUGAUCUAGGCAUCGCGGCUCUUACCGAACUUAUCAAAGAUGGUAGACUGACCGCUGGAAGCAAAGCAGGCAAUAUUAGCGACGGGUCCAUUAAAGAUAUCCUCAUGCAGUUCGCGAGAGAGGAAGCAGGAAAAAGAGCCUUCUAUGCGGCGGCGAUCCCAGCUGUGUGGAACGGAACGAACCAAUAUCCGGCCGUCAUUGACGCAGGUGAAUGCACCGCCAGAGUUUUAAGUUACCGCUAG